AUGGCUCCUACAAAGAAGGGCGCCGAGAAGGGCCAGUCCGCCAUCAACGAGGUGGUGACCAGAGACUAUACUGUCAACAUUCACGAUAUCCACCCCCAUGGACUGGGUUUCAAGAAGCACGGCCCUCAGGCACUCAAAGAAAUCCAGAAAUUUGCCAUGAAGGAGAUAGGAGCUCCAGAUGUAGGCACUGACACCAGACUCAACAGAGCUGUCUGGGCCAAAGGAAUAAGGAAUGUUCCAUACCGUAACCGUGUGCAGUUGUCCAGAAAACAUAAUGAAGACGAAGACACAAACCCGUGU